AUGGAUGCUGAUCGAGACUUGAAUUUCGCGAUCGGAUGGAAUCGAUUCAAUUUGAGCCUCGUCGGCAUCUGGCCUGAUCCGUUACAAAAUCCUAAACAAAACAGCGGACUCUCUCGAUGUCGCUUUAUGAUAGCCAGUUUCUUCAUGCUAGGCUUUAUGUGUAUACCGCAAUCGGCAAAUUUGGUAUUCAUUUGGGGUAACGCGGAUAUGAUGACGGAAAACCUGGCGACCGCUAAUAUUCCAGUUGCGAAUUCUUUCAUGAAAGCAAUCACCAUCUGGCGUAAAAGGAAAGGUACGAAGAACAAAGAACGUAAAAGAAAAGAUUGGCAUACGCCAAAAACGUUUGAAGAAAGAACAAUUAUGCUGAAAAAUGCCAAACUUGUAAGAAAGAUAUCGAUAUGGUGCACAAUACUAACACAGACCAUGGUAACCAUUUAUAUCGUUCUAAGGAUCUCGACGAUCAUCAGAUUUUCAUCUAGUGAUCCGGCUCGUCCCAUGCUUUAUACGGCUUAUUUUCCUUUCGAUAUUACUAGAAGUCCGAUUUUUGAACUGAUUUGCGUAUGUCAAAUGCUAUCUGCUUAUAGCGCAACGGUUUCUUAUACUGGUAGCGACAGUUUCAUUUCCAUGCUAAUACUCCACGUCUGCGGCCAAUUCGAAAAUUUGCGUGAGAGGCUCAAAAAUCUCGUUAACGAUCCGAACGGAGUAAAAACGUCUCAAGAAUUCAAGAGUGAACUGAGACAAAUUGUAAUGAGACAUGAACAUUUAAACUGGUUUGCAAAAACACUCGAGGAUUCCUUCAACAUGAUGAUGCUAAUACAGAUACUUUUUUGUACUGUUCAACUAUGCUUUCAAGGGUUCCAGGUUUUUACGGAAGAAGAAAAUGAAUCAAUGACCUUCCAAUUGAUUUUUCUAAUCAGUUUCGUAGGAUUUAUUCUAGUUCACUUGUAUAUUUAUUGUUACGUCGGUGAAAUGCUGCUUGUUCAAAGUACUGAGAUAGGAUUCUCUGCGUACGAAUCGAACUGGUUUAAUGUGCCAGGAAAGGAAGCCAGAAAUCUUCUAUUUAUCAUACAUAGAUCAACAGCACCUCUUUGUUUAACUGCUGGGAAAUUCAGCACAUUUUCUUUACAGAUGUUCAGUAAGAUUGUGAGAACUUCACUCGGUUAUCUCUCAGUAUUGCUUACGGUAACCGAACGGAAAGAAUAAUUCAUAACUAAAUUUGCUAUAAUUAUGAUAA